GGAGUUUAACUUUAAUGCUAGCAUUCUGCUGCAGAAUUCACUUUAAUGUGGAAAACUGUGUUAGCAAUGAAUGUGUUUAAUAGAAACAUGUUAUGAACAGUAUUAUCUAUACACAGGCCAAUACGUUACACCAUAGCAUCUGGAUUUUAUACUUAAUUAUAAGUUUUGUCAAAAUAUUUACCCUUGUUUUAUAGAUUUUAAUUUCCGCCGUGAGAACUGUCUAGACCUGUCGCGCAUGGGGUUUAGCGUUGCUAUGGCAAUGUGGCGUCACGGCGCUGUAAACUUAACCAUUCCAUUUUUUUUCUAACGCAGCUUCUUAAAAAAAACUCGUUUUAAACAAUGAAGUAAUUUCCCACUGCUUAAUAAGUCAUCGAUUUAAACAAUUUAAAAACCGUUUACCCCGUUUAAUAAUUCAAAGAAACGACAGCAUUCAUUUUUCUGACUGAAUCACGUACGUCACGACUGCCGCGCACAUCCGGGACUCAUGGGAUUUGUAGUCUUCUCUUCCGCGUGCAGACGCUUACAAUGGCACGAAAGGAGCGCUUGAAAGACUACAAUUCCCAGGAGCUGUUUCUAACAGAUGUGCUUCUCUCCCUGUGUUGUUGCGAAGAUCAUCAGUACCCGGCGGAGUUGUUUCUUCAGAUCAGAAAAACCUCGCGCUAUCGUUUUAGUUUUUUAAAUCCGCAAGCUUAUUGAAGGAUGUCAGAACUCAGCGAUGAAGCGAGCGAGUCGGAGCAGCUGGGCUCGAGUCUGUCUGUGUGGCUGGCCGACAGCGGGAGUGGCCAGGAAGAGCUCGACGUGCCACUGGACCUCCAUACCGCCUGCUCCAUCGGCCAGUAUGAUGUGGUGGCAGAGUGCAUUCGCAGAGGCAAAGUAGACGUGGAUGGAAGGAACCUUGGUGGUUGGACACCGCUAAUGUACGCGGCGUAUAUCGGUCACGACAACAUCGUAAACCUGCUUCUGGAAUCUGGGGUUAGCGUCAACGCUAACACUGCUAAGGGGCUAACCCCACUAAUGCUAGCUGCUAGCUGUGGAAAUGAGAGCAUUGCUUACUUCCUCCUCCAGCAAGGGGCGGAGCUCGAGCGUAAGGAUGGACGGGGUUGGACAGCUCUUCUGCACAGCACGAGCACUGGACAUCAACAGAUGGUCAAAUUUCUCCUGGACAAUAACGCAAAUGCCAAUAUCAAAGAGCCUGUGUUUGGGUUCACCCCACUAAUGGAGGCUGCAGCAUCAGGCCACGAGAUCACUGUCCAGUACCUUCUCGACCAUGGUGCACGAGUCGAAGAGAGGAACUUCAAAGGUGAGACGGCGAGAGUUUUAGCCAUGAUGUAUGGCCACACGAAGAUCGCGAGCCUCAUAGACAUGCACUGCCUGAGAGCAAAAACAGGUGUGUACGAGGAGCUGAGCUCGUCAGAGGAGGACAGCGCAGCACCAAGAGCUAGGUCAAGCCGCAGCAGAGCCAGAGGCCCGAGCAUACAUGACGGCCCACAGGCCAUAGCUCGCUUUAGAGUCACCCCUAAACACGAGCCGCCUUUGGCUCCACCCGGCUACAUGACGUUCCGCGACGUGGGUGAACAGAACGAGGGCAUCUGCAACCGUGAUGUCACUUCCCCCAUUAACGAACUGGAUGGCCAGAGCAACAGCAGUCGAGAUGAGCUGUUCUUUGAUAAUGACAUGCCCACAAUACGGAGCAGCAGCAGCAGCAGUGAGGGUCUGCCCCGCCUCCUCGGCCUCAGCAGGGAAGCAUCACUAGAGAGCAACGAGGACUCGGACCAGGCAAAGAGGAGCUGUCCCCGACGACCCAACAAGCCCCAUCAUUCCAAAAGCAAGAGUCGUCAUAGUAACAGUGACUCUGCUGGGAAUUAUGGGAUACCAGCUCCAUCUGGACCUCCCCCUUCUUACACAGGUCCCAAGGACCUGGCAGAGUUCCUGGAGCAGAUAGGCUUUAGCAAGUAUCUACCUUUGCUAGAGGAGCAGGAUAUUGACCUGAGAAUAUUCCUCACGCUGACUGAAAACGAUCUCAAAGAAGUGGGCAUCACGUUGUUUGGCCCCAAGAGGAAGAUGACAUCAGCAAUAGCCCGUUGGCAUAGUAACGCCCGACCACCAAGUGAUGCGUUAGAGCAGGCUUACGCUGACAAACUUGAGGCUGAGAUGCAGGAGAUGGCUAUUCAGCUCCAUAAGCGCUGUGUGGAGGUGGAGUCUCUUCAGGCCCAGGUCUCUCAGGAGAAGGAGCUGCGCACCGUGAUGGAGGGCUGCCUGAUGGAGGAGAAGAUGGCAUGGAGGGGUGUGCAGGCGGAGCUCCGGGAGAGCGUCAAGCAAAUCCAGGCUCUGAACAGCACGCUGCACACACUUCGAAACACACACACGCAGCUCACACAGGCUAUGGGGAAAGACGAUGGUGUCGUGUGCUCUGAGAUGCUCUCUAAAAUGGACGCAUGUGAAGAGAAACUAGCUGACAGCCUGAAAUCGCUCUGCCAGAAUCUACAGCGUCUCUGUGCUCCAGAGAAAAGCUCCAACAGCUGGCAGGGAGAAUCCUAGCACCUGCAUCAACUGUAGAGUUUCACUGACGGAGGGUGAACACACCACCCUGAACACUUGAACACGCCGAACUGCCUGAGCUGGCCAAAGAGAGAGAGAAAGACAGAGAGAGAAAGACAGAGAGAGAGAGAGACAGAGAGAGAGUCGUUGGAUCAGUCACAGAAAGAACAAUGGAUAAAGCUGAAAAAAAGGUACGCAAGGCAGUAAAUCGACAAGCAGGUGAGCGGUCCGAAGCUCCUCCCACACCUGUGCUCCAGUCAGACUCGACUGACCCGACGGUGCAUCACGGAAAUAAAGCUGAAGACAAUCAAUCUGUAAACGUGGAGAGAAUGAGAAACUAAACCAUUCCUCACACAUGACAGAAGACUGAACUCAAUCACACAAUGCUAUGCAAUGCUCUACUACAAAUCAAACCUCUGAGAAUAUAUAACACAUAGGCGAGGGCCAUGAUAUUUCCUAUUUAAUUGACGUAUACUUAGUACACGGCCCUGGGUGUAGGACGAGCAUUACUAGCUUUUAAAUAUUUUCCAGGAAAUGAUAAACUGUAAAAUUAAAAUGGUAGUAUCUAACUCUUUGUGAUUUUGAUGUAUUCAUUUGGUUUUGUUUCAUGUCACAGUACCAGAGGUGCUAAAAUUACGAACAAGAAAUUCCAAGCAGGCAGAAAGAAAAAAAAAGAAUUUUACCACAAAACUACUGGCAUGUAUCAGCGGACAAGAGGGCUCUAUGCUAUUUGCCAAAACCUGACUAUCACACCCAUAUAUUCCGCCUACAGUAGGAUCUGAGCCAUACUGAAUAGAAAUAUUAAGCAUAUAUAAUGCAAAAUUGUUGCCCUGUUGCCUGACAAGGCCAAGAUUCGCAAACUGAUGGUUAAAAGUUCACCUCAAUAAAGUCAGUGCAAAGUGAAAGUAGCUGCAAAUACGCAAUUUUUACAUCCUAUGUCCUUUCCCCUUCAGUGAAUUGGCUUUAGCUGAACAAGCAGAAAAGUGUAGUUUGUAUCAGAAUUGUAUCUUCUAUGGCUAAACAAUAAAUAUUGGCACCUCGGUAGUACUGUACAAUCUGUAGAUCCCCACCCCCCACAUACAUAAACAUACACCAACACUCUGAGCUGUGCAAGAUCUUCAAGAUUUCCGACGUUGCAUUCUAAAUUGUUUCAAUGCAAUUUGUAACACUACGCAAGCUUUGUGUGUUGCAGCAAAGGGAUCAGGUACAGAACGUGUCCUUUCUUUGAGUCAGCUGUUUAAAAGUCUUAACAGAACCCAAUUUGUUCAGCAGUUUAAAAAAGGCUGGACGUGAGAGACAGACUGUCUCCUUUCUGCUUAUUCACUUGCAGACGGUACAGCACACCCUGCUGAGCCCUUUCUCCACCAUAAAGCACCAAAGAUUUGGCAUCAGAUCUUCAAAUCACUGCUCCAGUACCAAAGUUUCCAUCUGUAGUUUUUCGAAAGGACAGAGUGGUCCUUGGGGGCAGAGCUAGCGUUAAUGUUUAUGGCUGAUUGCGCUGUUUUUAAGGAUUCCUUUGUGUUGAUUAUGUGUUUAUUUAUCAACCUGGAAGUUUAUUUGUAAAUUGUUCUUAGAAGCGAUCACACAAGAAGUGUGGUAUUCACAAGGACAGAUAAUACUAGCUAUUCAAAUUGGACAAAAAAUAUAUAUAUAAAGGGAGGAAAUGUUAGUGUAUAUCUGUGCCAAUUCGCUGCAGUGGCUGAGCUGCAUUACUGGAAGAUUUAGCGCAUGCUGUACUUGAGGUGCUUUUUCACCGUUUAGUCGCCAUUAUUCUUUUUUUUUUAAGCUCUUUGUGAGUUUUACCUUUUAUGGAGUUUUGUGGGCAUCACUAAAAGUAAAUAUGCCACAAAACACACAUGGUUAUUUACAUGGGAUUGGCAUUUAAUAACAUACGCACAUGAGUAUGAGGAAAAUCAGCAUUAUCGAAACUUUUAGUUCAGUUUAGCGUACGAAAACACACAAAUGUUCUAAAUGAUUGAUAAAUGAGGCCCCAUGUGAUUUUCAUGUAGUCAUGUAGUUUUUUUCCAUCAGUAAUCAUAUAAAUUGUCAGAGUGUGGAUGUUUUUGGCUUAUUGUUAUCACUACCAAAGUGUAAAAGCCCUUUAUCACUGAAAAUCUUUGUUUUUUUUUUUGCUGCAGUUGAUAGGUCAUCUUCCACAUUAGACGUAACAAUGGCGUCAUUAUACACCAAGAAGAUGAUGCAAUCGCUUUUGCUGUAAUCAUCAUGUCUCUUCAUAUACUUUCAUGGAGUAUGUUUCAGGCCUGACAUGUUACAGGGCAGAUGACUGCGCUUGGAGAAGAACGCUGACUGCCCUAUUUUGUAUACACGAGCUACCAGACAGACGGCCGUUAGCCGUCGCACCCAGAUCAGGAGCAGUUAUUCUCACUUGGACUCCCGGUAUUAUCAGGAACCAGACUCACAAUCUCCCAAGCAUAGAUCAAACGCUUAGUCAGGAAUUGUUCACUCUGAAUGUUUGCCAAUCAUCAAUCCUUAUCUGCAAAGAUUGCAUUACGUGAAUGGAACAAUAAAGAUUUGUGUCUUCUGA